CAUGGACUGUGCUGGCUGUCCCCGUGGGACUUGGAGCACCAAGUCCGCCGCUGAGACAGGACAGCUGGCCCAGCUCCCUGCAGCAUCCGGACCUUCAGCUCUCAGGAGGAAGGAGGACUCCAGGGUCCUUGAGGAAGGAGGACUCCAGGGUCCUUCUAGAAAGGCACUUUGCACCCCUGCUCUUCUGCAGACUCAGAAUGAAUAAACGUCUGCUUUAGAGGGGGCCAGAGAAGGACUGGACACUGACUGCCAGGGAUGCUAUGUUGGUAAUUGGUUUUGGUUUGUGAUUUUUUUUUUAACCCCCAACUCUCUGACACAAAACUGUCUAUCUCCUGGUCACUGAGACAUGGGCUCCCCAUGCCUGGCAGAGAACUGGCUGGGAACACGCUUCCUAAGACAAUCGGCUGCACUCCUCCCACUGGCUGUGUGCUGUGAACCAAGUAACGCAUGCGAAAUAAGAGUGCAUUGCAGCGCAAGUGUGAAACUCGGGCCCUGACUGCUCCUCACUGUCCGCCAGAAUCCAGCCGGCUCUGGAGCUCAAAGCACUUUAAUUUCCACUGGCUCCUGAUUGGCGUGCCUCUCUCAAUGUAAGGCUAUAGGUGCCUGGAGACAGCUCUGGCUGGAAUGAAUAGCAGAAGAGAUGGUCAUACAACAGGGAGGACAGGUGAGCCCACUGCUUCCGGGACCCACAGUCUGUGGCAAUGCCCAUGUCUUCCAGAGACCUGCCUCCUGGACACCAUCACUUUGGCUCCUGCAGCCCCUUGAGCCAGCUCUGGCCUGGUCCAGAGCCUCCAUCAGUCAAGGGCCUUUACUACAGCAGGGCUCGGAAGGUGGGCACUCUGGAUGCCUCUCCAGAGGCUGACCUGAAGAAGGAGAUCCUGGUGAAUGUGGGUGGCCGGCGAUAUCUGCUGCCCUGGAGCACCCUGGAUGCCUUCCCGCUGAGCCGCCUGAGCAGGCUCCGGUUGUGUCGCAGCUAUGAAGAGAUCACACAGCUCUGUGAUGACUAUGAUGAGAACAACCAGGAGUUCUUCUUUGACAGGAGCCCCAGCGCCUUCGGGGUGAUUGUGAGCUUCCUGGCCGCGGGAAAGCUCGUGCUUCUGCGGGAGAUGUGCGCAUUGUCCUUCCUGGAGGAGCUGAGCUACUGGGGCAUCGAGGAAGCCAACCUGGAACGCUGCUGCCUUCGCAAGCUCAUGAAGAAGCUGGAGGAGGUGGCCGAGCUGCGCCGGGAGGAGGCUGUGCAACGGCAGCAGCAGCGCCAAGCCUGCCACUCCGAAGUGCAUACUUCCCGAUGGGCCCGCAGCAUGAACCAGCUGCGCGAGAUGGUGGAGGACCCCCAGUCAGGGCUGCCUGGCAAAGUCUUUGCCUGCCUCUCCAUUCUCUUCGUGGCCACCACAGCUGUUAGUCUGUGUGUGAGCACCAUGCCCGACUUCAGGGCUGAGGAGGACAAGGGAGAAUGCACGAGAAAGUGCUACUACAUCUUCGUGGUGGAGACCAUAUGUGUGGCCUGGUUCUCCCUGGAGUUCUGUCUGCGUUUUGCCCAGGCCCAGAACAAAUGUCAGUUCUUCCGUGGGCCCCUGAAUGUCAUCGACAUUCUAGCCAUCUCCCCAUACUAUGUGUCUCUCGUGGUGUCUGAGGAAUCUCCGGAGGCAGGCGAGAGGCUGAGUGGCAGCUCCUACCUGGAGAAAGUGGGGUUGGUACUGCGUGUUUUGCGGGCACUACGUAUUCUCUACGUGAUGCGCCUGGCCCGGCAUUCGCUGGGGCUACAGACACUGGGCCUCACUGUGCGCCGCUGUGCCAGGGAGUUUGGCCUUCUGCUGCUCUUCCUGGGUGUGGCGGUCACCCUCUUUUCCCCUUUAGUCUAUGUGGCUGAGAAUGAAUCUGGAAGGGUCCUAGAGUUCACCAGCAUCCCCGCGUCCUACUGGUGGGCCAUUAUCUCCAUGACCACGGUAGGCUAUGGGGACAUGGUCCCUCGCAGUGUUCCGGGCCAGAUGGUGGCCCUGAGCAGCAUUCUUAGUGGUAUUCUCAUUAUGGCCUUCCCAGCUACAUCCAUCUUUCACACCUUCUCCCAUUCCUACCUGGAACUGAAGCGAGAGCAGGAGCAGGUCCAGGCCCGCCUCCGCCGUCUUCAGAACACAAACUCAGCCAGCGAAAGGGAGCUCCUGAGUGAUGUGGAUGACCUGGUACCCGAGGGCCUGCCCUCUCCCAUCCACUAUGUGUAACUCCUACCACCUUAGGAAUGCGCAGUAAGUUCAACCCAUCCCAUGACUGAGACAAGCUCCUGCACCCCUCUCUCCCGUGGACCAUCUGUGGGUGUGUCCUCGGAAUACUGACUGACCUCCAAAGCAGGAAAGGUGCCAGGCCAUGCCACCAUGGGUGUGAUCCUGGGCGCAUCCCUUGUCCUUUCCUCAGCUGCUUGCCAGAUACUUGCACAGCCCAUCUUGGCAGGCUGGAUGAGUGUUCCUGUGUCCUCCCUUCCUUGCAAACUGUGAUAUUCCACCCUGGGUUCUGGAUGGUCUUUGAACUAACCGCCACUAGUAGCCAAAUACAGAAUCUGCAGAUUUCCAUCGUCUCCCCCAGACCUCCUGGCAAUUAGAGAACUCUAGCACUGAGACCUGCUCAAAGCUCCAUGCAUCCUGCAAGGCUUCCAGCAGGAUCAUGUGCUGUCUUAGUUCCUGCUACCGCCAACUGAAUUUCCAGAUGCUGUGGAAGUACCCACUGUUCUAGAAGCUCUUAGCCAAGAAGGCAGCUCUGGUCAGUACAGCAAAUCCUGUCAGGGUCUCAUGGUAGCAAACCUGCUGUCACUUAUGAUACACCUGGAGACUUGGGCUGCGGGGCCAUCUGCAAGUACCCAGUUGGCCAACUGGACUCUUAGUGGACACUCUUUAGUUAUGCAGUUCUUCGCCUUAACAGGGACACUCUGAGAACUGUACAAUGUCCUUUCAGAGAACAACAGCACCAGGAGAAACCACAGCUUUCCAUGAUCAACUAAACACCACUGACACAGCUCAGCAGAACAGCCUUAGGCCUGCCUGGUUCUAGCUCCCACAUCUGACCCCCGCUGAUGGAAGUUGGGCAUUCCUGAUGUCUGUGUGUGUCCGAGUAUCCACAUGCUCAUCUGUCAGCAGACUCGGCCCUUGGAUCCACAGAGAAGGCAGUGUGCUGUGAACAAGACGGUCAGAGACGAAGCAGAAAGAAACAGAGACCUCUGAGCAGCCAAUGCCCCAACGAUCCCAAGGCAUGGGGUCUAGUGUUGAGGGGCACGUAGGGGACCAGAGCAGUAAGGAGGCGAUGGACCUCAGAGCCUCACAGAAGACAGCACUGUGGCUGUACUGGGGGUGAGGAUGAGUAUGACAGUCCAAACUGAAGUGGGAAUGACCUCCAUCCAGGAAUGACCUGUGGGUUCACCUCCUUCACGUCACUACCAAUCUGGCACAGACACAGCUUCACUGUCAUUCGGUAUUGGUGUUAAGGCCACUGGAGAAAGUACAAGGGACACAAAUAAGUGACAGUAAGAUAGACGGGGCCCUGUGAGUCUGAGUCAUGUGCGUACAGGAAAUACUGCAGCCCUGCUAACAUGUGCCUGGUUGUGUUCUUCUGCCAGGAUUGAGCUGAGCCCUGCUGUGUGCCAGGUUCACACUUCCCCUGACUGUAGCACAUAGCUAAUGAUUUCCCAGAAAAGUCCCAACAUCUAAACUAAAGUUCAUCUUGUCCCUGUGAGAACUCUCACAUCCUCUGACUCCGCCAACAGAUGCACACAGUCUUACCAAGAUCACAUGUCUCAGGCAAGCCCUUUGUAUCCCACUAGGAGAGCUGAUGCCUUGGAGAGGCCCAAGGCAUGCUGCUCUGCUUCAGGAAUCAGACAGCAGAACCCUGGGGGUACCUGGAUGUAUUCUGGGAGCAUUCCAAAAGUAGCUACAUUAAUCUUUUCCACCAGGCUAGUGCUUGUUUUGGGACAGGGUCUCACAGUGAGGUCCAGGCUAUCUUUGAACAUAAAAUCCUCCUGGUUCAGCCUCCUGGCUCCCAAGCUAACAUUUUUAUAGCUGUUAUUGGGCAAAACACUAAAUAGUUUUUCUUUUAUGCUCUUAGUGACUGACAGCAUGGGUACCAUCUGAGGCCUGGGGUUUUUACUCUGUCUAUGACUGUGGGCAGGUCCCUGUGCCUCCCUGUAAACCAUAGGGUUAGGUCAGAUCUAUGGUUCUCUAACUGAAGUUCCACAGAACACUCUUGGGAGCUGUUGUUGGGGAAACACCAGCCAAAUGGGCAGAGGGCCCAUUGGCCAAUGAUGAUCACACACACAAUCUAAAAGAAUACAGAACUGUCUAGACAGCUCCUCUCCUCCAAGACAGGGCUAUCCACAGACACAGAUCUGAGGUGUUGAGCUCACCCUGGAACUAGAGAAGAAGCCACUGGGGACCUGGCCCCUUGUCAGAUGUGCUCUUCUGACUGAAGACCUCAUCUGCAUCACAUGCUUGGUGUGAUGUUUCCCAGUAGUGUGCCUGGCUCUGACCAGGCAUCUCCACAGUUCUCUGUGCCACCAAAACAUACUAGGACAAAAAGAAAAGUUAAAGUCAGCAUUGGCUGAACCCAUCAAAAACCCUGAGUAGCUCUAUUAUCUGCACACAUGCACCCAGUGAAAAAGACUUGGAAAAUUGGAAGGGAUGGCUUGAUGUGGGCCUUCAUUGAACACUUUCAUUUUUUUCUCUUGGAAGAUGGGUCUAAGUUGUUCAAGCGUGGCUUUGAAUCCCUUUUGAUGUGAUUGGAUGGAGUGUUGCAACAAGCAUGUUGGUAGGUAGUAUUUUCAUCCCCAUUGGUUGAUAGGAGCCCAGUGAUCCCCAGCUGCAGUGGCCAUAGCCAAAGGGAACCCUUGACUUUGAGCCACCUUCAGGCUGUCAGAGAUGUGGCUCCCAUAGUGUUGACUGAAGGUCUUUCUAGCCACGCAGAGUUGAGCCCACCAGUAGGAAGAUGAGUUAGUUCUUCAGUACAAUGAAAGGAAUUCAAAAAGGGUCCUGACUUGGUACUGUGUCAAGACCACAGGCUACUUCCAUGGCCACCAGCAGUCCCAUCAAAAGAUGACCAGUGUGUGCCCAAAAGGCUAAAUGUGUCUCUGGAUGCAAAUGCACUUCAUAGGGUCGAGUGUUCAAACAGAGUAAAAGGAAAACUCUCCAAACAGAAUAAAGAGCUCUAAUGUCUAUCAACUCCCUCUUGGAAGAUGGAGAGACCAAAGUUCAGAGAGGGAAAACCACCUGCCUAAGGCCACACAGCUGGUUCAUCUCAUUGUAUUCAAGUAUUUUGACUCCUAGAAGAGCCCUUUCUAGUACAUUCUGUCACCACCCUGGGCUCAUGGGAAGCAGGGCCUGGCCUCAGAGAAUAUGCUUGAUGAGGACAAGAAAGCAGCAGUUUGCUACACUGUCCUGAAGCAAGGGGCAGAGAUAUUGUGGAGUGUGCUGGGGACAUUGUACAACAGGAGACGUGGGGAUGGACUCGCUGGAGCUGCUCUUCCUCACAUAUCUCAUGGAGAUCCUGCAGGAGGUCAUCACAGUCCCUCCAAGCAUGGGCAACUAGGCUUCUGGGAACUUACUGCAACAGCUUCUAACCUGGAGGUGGUGGACUGGGAAGGCUGCACAGACAGGGAUGCGACAGUCUGUGGACCUUUCACCGUCUUCCAAACCUGCCCACAGGGAUCUUUUCCUGCCACCAGAUUUCCAUCACUCAGGUACCAUACUACAUCCUUCCCAUGAUGCACUGCAUGCCCCCAUUGUGUACUCUGCACAUCUCCCACUCCUCAUGUGACAGUGAACAUUUUCUGGGUGGUCACAUGUGACAGUGGACACUUCCUGGGUAGCCACUGACACUCAGCCUGUGGGUUUAUAAUACUUUGUGAGGAGAUCAUGUCAGGUGCCAUGAGUCCCAGCAAAUCCCACCCCUUCAAGAAGAAAGAGGAAGGGGGUCUACCACCAAUGAGGGGCAGUUCCUUUCUUUGGGAGGUGAUCCCAGGACAUACCAUAGAGUAGAAGCAGAGAAAGUGGGGAAGGGGCCAGGGAGAGCUGGCCUGGCCCAAAGAUUGAAAUAAAACAGUAACAUUAGGCCUGCCUUCUGCUUGACUAGCCAGGCCAGGUAGAAUGUUCCAACCUGAAGGACCUCUGUAAGGAGAACAUACCUUUCUUGCAGGUAAAGGAGUCCCUAAGAUGCAGCAUCCCAAACCCUGGGCAGUUUCACAGAUUGUAAAGUAGGACCUUAAUAGUCUCAGGGUCCCACCUUUGCCUUUGCAAGUGUGGACAAAAAGGACCAUCCAAGGAGGGGGUGUGACUUAGGAGGCAAACCACCAGGGCUGGCACAGCCAGGCUCAGCCCAGGCUCUGGACUCCCAGCUCUAGAGUUUCCAGCCCUGGGUGGCCUCCUCUCUGUCCAGGGCCUGUCUUUACGAAGCUUUGACACCUAGCCAAGGGGCACCUCCCGGAAUACAAUGUCAGUUAAAAAUAAAACAAAAGGCACCAGCCCUGCCCUGCAGCAGCCUGCCUCUGAGGACACACAGGGAACUCAGAAGCACCACUUUGAGACUUGCUGUAAGGAGGACACAGCCAAGGGUGCACAAGGACCAUGUGACACAACUUGGAACAGUGUGGGCCCUGAACUAAAAAUAGCCUCCAUUGUAUUUGCAGUGACCUGCCUGAUGCAGACCCCCGUGAGGCCUGAGGUGCCCCUGCACUUUCUGGGUGAGCUUUUGGGAUCCUGCACAUUUCUGAAUUAAACAUUAAAUGACAUUAAAAA